UUGUAAAUUGUAGCGUUAAGUCGUUUUAAAGCAGAUCGCGAGAACCGGCAUUUUAGGUUUUCUUGGCUCCCGAAUAUCUGCGUUCAAUGACGGCAGAUGGACAUGGAGGCUUAUCUAAACAGAUGAAUGGCAUUUUGUUUUGUAAUUCGCGAUGACUGAGGCGUAAUAGUCACUGUUGUACUAUCGACUUGACUGCCGCGUGGCUUGAUCUCUCGCCUCUUACAUUCUAAGUGCAAUAGUUUCUUUGUCCGUUUAAAUUUACACUCUUCAAGUUUCACGAUGUUGUCUCGUUUAAAAAAGAUCAAGGGCAGUAGUCCCUCGAAAAUGAGUGUCAAGUUUGACGACUCAAUCUCAAAAUCGAAAUCGGAUUCGAAUCUCCUCGCUGCGUCGUCCCAUGAGGAAAACAAAUCAUAUAAAAAAGAUAAAUACCGGCACUCUCUGGACUCGGCGUCCGGAGGUCGAGGGUCCCAAUCCUCCUCACAGUCAGGGUCCUCUGACGGUCACUCGGCCGCCUCUUCGCGCAGCGGCUCGACCAGCUCUCUAGGUCCGGCCAGGGCUCGCCCCACGGCACACGAGGCGCUCUUCGGCGCGCCGAACCCCGACGCUGACCGCAGCGUGAUGGAGGUGGGCGUGGCGUACACAGCGGGGGAGCAGAGAACCACGAGAGGCGUCGUGCCGGCAUCGCCAGACCGGGGUCGAAGGUCGCCUAAAAGUUCGCUUCACGUGGACUUCGCAGCGCCGGGCGAGAUGAAGGAGCGCAAGGAGAAAUAUCUCACAGCCAAGUACGGCGCUCACCAGAUGGCCCUCAUCAGGAAGCGUCUGGGAGUCGAGAUGUGGAUGUACGAUAAACUCCAGAUGCUUUAUCCGUCCAAACCAGAGAGCACAAACGAAGAAAAGGAAGUCGAUUUGGACGAACUUUUGGAUUUGGACGAGGACGUGAAGAGGCGGAAGUUCUUGAGAGAACAUCUCUCGGACUGUAAACUUCCUCGGGAAGACGUCGAGAAAUUCGUGGACGAGCUACUGGAAAGAGCUAAGAUACUCUAACGGGUGAGGACGUAUACCAAAACCAGUGUCGCGCUCAGCUGAGUCGCUCUUUGCCAACCACGAGGGAACCACUCCAGCUGCAGCUAACUUUAUAGGCUUAUGCUGUGUCAAAAGUGUGGUUGUUCAAUUUCUCUUGCUAUGCUGUUAGAAAAAAAUGGUGAAAAAACGGUCCCACUGGCGUUCUAGUGGCCGGUCGC